CAUCAUGUUUCCAGGCUCAUAUGAACCUUAGCUUUCGUUCACCCCCCCCUUGGGCCUCAAGUCCUACGAUAGGAAGUGAUGGUCUUGCAAUGAAUGGCUAAGAAAAGCCAUUCCUGCUGUCUCGUCUGCUGCAAACUACCUGUACAAACAGGCAAAUUGCUGCUUCGUUCGGUUUCAUCGGUGUCGGAGUUCUGUCAGAUUUUUGCACCCGAAGUGGAAGGCACUCCGAGAAUUCAGGUUUGGAAGAGCAAUGACACCUAAUUACAAAUAAUGUAAAGUUCCGCCUUGUUGCAGGCCGUUUUCGCUUCGCUUUCCGUUCACCUUUUCAUUUCUUGAGAAAGCCCAAGAAGUCGAAGACUGCCAUGUCUUUGGAUGAAUACCAACCCCAUAAGCCAGCCGAGGGAUCAUGUGUUAACUGAUGAACGGGCUGAAGAACCCCUCAUUGCUAACGCUCUGCUCUGCUGCCAAGCGGGUCAACAACAGGAUGGCACCACACUGUCUCUUCAAGCCAGCAAUCGCAACAAUUUGAAAGCUUCUAAAUGUAAAAGGUCAAUGGUGAAGAUGAAAGCACCUGGUCAGUGCAACAUGUUUUUUGUUGCAAAAGAGAGAUAAUUGGCAGGGUAAUUCCAUCAUUCCUCAGGAAUUGUAACGGAAGCAGAUCUGACUUGGGCCCUUUGGCUACCUUGCCGCAAGCACCAAUCUUGCUGGGUGGAAUGAUCUCUGCCACAAAAAGGUCGCUUGAUCGCAUGCCAUUGAACAAGAGCUAAUGGUUUUUCGAGUUUCGGGGACAUGCAGAAAGGAAGGUCCUGUCAUUUGUCCUGUCCAGACACUCAGUCUACUGAGCUUUGUUUUCGACGCCAGAGACCUUGAGAACCUUGAGAAGCUUGAGAAGCUUGAGAAGCUUGAUUGUCACACCAUUAAGUGACGCAGGCACUGACCUUAGGCUGCGAAAGGUUUGCGCAAGAAAAAACUGUGUAAUGGGGGGCUAAAACUCGGUACGCACGUUUUUUGAAAGCAUGUUUGUCAUCCUCACAAGUUUCUUCGCUGCACACGAUGAAACAAAUAAAGCAGCACUCUCUGCUUUUACGAGAAAAUCUGGUCCGGACACGACUUGACCGUCCUCAUUCUGGUCAAGCUGCAGUGACUAUCAUGGUUCAGUCAGUGCUUGAUCUGUUGUCUAUGAGGCAUGACCCUAAAUGAUGAAUUGUGGUCGGCUCUACGCUCGCUGACCAAACAUGUCAUCGCCACCCCAAGGUGGACAUCCGAAGAGACGGUCCAACUGUGCUUGUCAUGUGCCUGCCAUCCAAAAAACGGCUUGGUGUUGAAUGCUGAUUCCUCCGGGUGCAUUCUGUGGAAUAGCUUCUGGCGGACCGAAGCUUGAGCUUCCAAGCCGACUGAGCUUGCUAGCUCCAUUUUGCGAGACCUGCCCAUAGACACUGAAACCCGGACCUUUCCCACAAUGAAUUUGAAGUUAUUUCUUUUACUCGCUGGCACCACAGCUUUGAAUCAUAGAGGUUGUUGCGUGAAAGCGACCAGACGUUGGCUGGGGCAUUCUGAGUAGUUCACACAGAUCAACGUCGCUUGUGUCUUAAACGGAGUCGGUGUUUGUCAGAUCAUGCAAGGCAGCUUACUUAAAAGACAAUUUCAGCGCUCCACCAAGCUAGCAGCUUCUUUUUCCCUCCUUGUGAAUUUUGCAUGAUGUAUGUUGCAGGGAUUGGUCUUUCAUGGCAUUUUUUUGGACUAAUCCUCGAGACCAAUUUGCUGACAUCUACAGGCUCGCAGAAGAUUUCGAAGUUGGUGGACUGUCCAGGAAUGAAGACAACACCACCACCUUGCUUACUCUCUCAAGUGGCAUGGACAGUCAGCAUGCUACUCACGAAAUUGAACCUUGUUGUCUGUUGUGAUAGAAGUGAUGCUGGACAGCAAAGCUGGAUGAAUCACUCACAGACUGUCCCUACUUGCUUUGGCCAGAAAACUGGACAACUUUUUAGCCCUAACUCAGUGCUUUCUGAGAAUGAUUCAAGCUGCAUGCAAGGCAUCAACUGCAUGUCUUGUGGGAUUUAUCCAAGAUCAAGAAUGCCAAUCAUGCAAGGUGAUGCUGGUGACGCUGCAAAGAUAUUUUGUCAGUUGUCUGGCUAUGGUGAGUUGUGA